AACAACAUAAAUAUGACGUAGUGCGCUGCAGUGACCAAAAGUUUUACAGAAAUAUUAAUGGAACACAACUUAAUCGCCAGAAAAAUCCACUUACGAAAAAUAUUAUACGACAAUUUAUACGAGAAGUUGCAUAUAAAGACCGCUAUGUGGGGGCCCCGUGGAUAGUCAGUAGUAAACUUGUAGAUAAAUACGAUCUUCUGAAAGAAGUUCCAGCGAAAUAUUUGGUUGCCAUGAAUAAAAAUAUGAAAAAAGUUCAACUUCAACGAGAGAGGGAGAGAGAAAAACUUGAAAAUAGAAAUAACGAGAAAUAUAAGCAACAUAAAGAGAAAGUCGUCUACCCUAUUGAAGAUUCUGAACUUCCCGUUGAUCCUCGCUUGAACAAGUUUCCCAUUCCGUCCUUUUGUAUGACCGAUUUUUCGCCGGAACAAUUUAGCACGCUUUUGUUUACGUGGCAUUUUUUGUGGUAUUUCCAGAAGCCUUUAAAAUUGCUGUCUUUCCACGUGGAAGAUUAUGAAGAUGCACUUUUGGCUGAGGGAUUUUCGCCUCUUCUGUUGAACAUCUAUUGCUCUCUUCUAAGUAUUUUAUUGCUGAAGCAUAGCAUCCAGCAAGCACUAAACGAGCACAACUGGGAUAAUACUAUAAAAGUGUAUUUAAAAGCGCGAGCGCAAGAGACUUUCUAUGAAACUGAUGUUCCUAAGGAACUAAAAAAACUUGAGGAUUUUAAGAGUUUGAGCAGCUCACAACGUCUUUUGUUAAUAAAAAUGUUUAUUGACGAUGCCGUUUGUAGCGAGCCCAUUCGCGGCUUCAUUCAAAGCGCGAUGGAUACGUGCUGUGAGGCUACAAAAGAAAGGAGAGUUGAACGGGCCUCUUAUAGAAAAUCAUGCGCUGAAAGAGAAAGGAUGCGUAAAGCUUCUCUGGCUGAUGCCAGAAACACCGCAUCGACUUCUGAGGAAUCCAACGACGAGGAUUUCAAGGAUACUAAAAACUUUACUGAUUCGCUUUUAGCUACAACGAACAAAGCACCGCGAAGGGCAGUGCUACAGUAUAAAAAAAUGUUAGAAGUUGAGGAGUUAAGGAUACAGCAAGCCCUUGAAGGAAAAAAAAGAGAAGAAACCUUAAAAAAGGCUAAACGACGGCGGGAAGAGGAGGAUUUUAAAAAAAGUCUUGAAGAAGAAAAGGAAGAUCAAGAAAGAGAAUAUAAAUAUCGUGAACUUCUUUUAAAACUUGGGGGGUACCGCUGCAAGCCGUUGGGCGCAGAUCGUAGACGAUCUUUGUAUUAUCUUUUUGAUAGCCGAAUUUAUGUCGAAGAUGUUGAGGGUAAGUGGGGCUAUUAUGCACUUCCUAGUGAGUUGGAACAGUUGUUGGGUUACUUAAACACAAAAGGCAAAAGAGAACUUAAAUUUCAUCAAACCCUUAUGGAGAACUUUUCAGUGCUGCAAACUUGCAUCAAAGAAAGACAAGAAGAAUUUGAGGGAGAUAAUCAAAUUCGUCAUAGUGCCAGAAUUCAGAAAAAAUACUUAAAAGAAACUUCUAAGUAGAAACUCAUAUAUAAAAUUUUGGCUGGAAUAUUUGCAAUAUAGAUUGAAAGAAGAGUCCUACUAUUAUUAUGAC